AAAAUCAAAACAAUGAGCUAAAAGAGGCCAAAACGCUCCACGUGAUGACAGGAACCUUGCAGCUUUAACUAAGAAGCCUAUUCAUGUAGGCUACUGCUUUGGCUAAGUUGUAACGGUAGAGUGCCGUGAGUUGACUGAAGAGAGAGGGAGAGAGAGGGAGAGUGUGCGUGUGUGUGUGAAAGCGAGCUCCUCAGUUGCCUUAGCAGCGCAGCUUCAUUCCUUCACAGUCGGGCUUCAGUCCGGUGCUGUGAGCGCUGCGCGGCGCUUCACGGGGCUUCCCUCACGACUUCACGUUAAGUACCCUGUCACAGUCCGGUUGUCCUCCAGUUAUUCCACUGUGUUAGAUUUAGUCAACUCCAGUUUGGGCUUUCUCCAAGUUACACAACGCCCCUUCUCCGGCUGUUAUGAAGAAAUAGGCGACGGUGGCAAGUUGAUUCCAUCGCGGCUCCAGUUUUAAACAGCGUGCAGGUGUAAUAAUAGUCAUAAUAAUCGUCCUUGUCGCCAGAGAGGAUGGCUCUGCAGGCGGUGAAUGUGAGUGUGGUGGAGGUGUCGGCGGGCUGUGUGGACUAUAAUAUCAGCUGCACGAACAGCUCCGUCCCCCCCAGACCGGCCACCAGAACCAGAGAGAUGGACUCGCUGCGCAUCCUGCUGUACUCUUUCAUCUUCCUGCUCAGCGUCUUUGGCAACCUGCUGAUCAUCGUGGUCCUGAUGCUGAACAAGCGCAUGCGGACUGUCACCAACUCCUUCCUGCUGUCGCUGGCAGUCAGCGACCUCAUGAUGGCCAUCUUCUGCAUGCCAUUCACCCUCAUCCCCAACAUCCUGGAGGACUUCAUCUUCGGAGGCGCCAUGUGCAAGACCGUCUCCUACUUCAUGGGGAUCUCUGUCAGCAUCUCCACCUUCAGCCUUGUGGCCAUUGCCAUCGAGAGAUACAGCGCUAUCUGUAACCCGCUGAAGUCCCGCUCGUGGCAGACCCGAUCCCACGCCUACCGCGUCAUCGCUGCCACUUGGGUGGUGUCACUGCUAAUCAUGGUGCCCUACCCGGUGUUCAGUGUCCUCAGGUCUUUCCCCAAGAGCAACGGUACUGUUGGCCACAUGUGUCGCCUGGACUGGCCCAGUCAGCAAGCUGAGCAGACCUGGUAUGUGCUGCUGCUGUUCACUCUGUUCUUCGUCCCGGGAGUGGUGAUGAUUGUAGCCUACGGUCUGAUCUCCAGAGAGCUCUACCGAGGCAUUCAGUUUGAGCUUGGCCAGAACAGAGAGACCACCGGCAAGAGGAACGGUGUAGGAAGGGCUGUCGCAGGGUCGAAUGAUGAUGACGAUGGUUGCUACAUCCAGGUAUCUAAAAAACCCUCAUCUGCUGUGGAGCUCCCCACCCUCUCUGCCUCAUCUGGGGCCACCCAGGCCAAACCUGAGCGUGCCCGCAGCAACACCUCAGAAGCAAAGCUGCAGGCCAAGAGGCGAGUCAUCCGCAUGCUGAUGGUGAUUGUGGCGCUCUUCUUCAUCUGCUGGAUGCCCCUGUACUCAGCCAACACCUGGAAGGCCUUUGACCUGAAAUCAGCCUCCAAAGCCCUGUCAGGAGCGCCCAUCUCCUUCAUCCACCUGCUGUCCUACACCUCCGCCUGUGUCAACCCCGUCAUUUACUGCUUCAUGAACACGCGCUUCCGCAAGGUCCUGCUGUCCACCUUCGCCUGCUGCUGCCGCAACUGGCUUUGUCGCCAGUGCUGGUGGUGCAGGAAGAGGGAGGCAGGAGAAGACGGCAUCACCGCCUCCUCCAUGGCCACGUCGAUGGCCACCUCCAUGUCCAAGUUCAGCUACACCACCGUCAGCACCACCGGCACCUGCUGAGCCUCGAGGAGAGCUGGGUGGCUGUCGGGCAGCGGUUACUGUGCGCACCAUCUGUUUUUUCAAUCUUGUUUUUCACUCUUCAUCGUAAUAUGCUAUGAGUCAUGUGCUGAGCAAUAUCGCUGCCCUCGUUUAUGAAGCCUUUUUAAAAGGUCUUCUUCAAAUUCUGUGUGCAUGGUUGCAGAAUGUGAGGCGGGGAAAACGCUGUUUCAGUUUGGUGACAUUCUUUUUCUUCUGUUUAAUUGGCAGCAUCCGCUUUGUUGCAUCCUGAAGAGAACAUCAAGUGCCUGUGCGUGCUGUGUGGCUUCGUUUGUCAUGGUAGUUUGUUCACUUGCUCAGACAAGACAUUUUCAUGAAAAACUACGUUGAAAAUAUGAAUCUUGUGUACUUGUAAAUAAUGUCUUCAUGUUCUUACUUUGCCAAAGGUUAAUUUUUGACAGAGACAUACUGUUGAACAAUGAAGACUCAUUAACUCAGUAUGGAUUUCAGCUCCUUUUGUGUUUAAUGUUGUUUCAUCUUCAUUCAUUCAGGGCAUCUCUCUCUCAGUUAUCAGAAUUAUUCUACUGAAUAACUUGGACAUCGUUGGGUCCCAAAUUUCUGAAAUAUUUGAACACCAAGAAAUAUUAUGUUUCAUCACUUCUUAUGUGUAAAGCAGAUUUCCUGCAAAUAUCCUAACACCAAAAUUCAUUCAGUUGGGUGAUUUUGUCUGCUUCUUAGUAAAAACGGGAUGUUUUUGACCCUUCUGCAGCAUUUCUUUGUGAUUCAGACUGAUAAGGCAGGUGCAUGUGCUUACUUCUUGGCAUACAUAAAUAAGAAAGCCUGGUGUUUAGAAUCAGGCGAAUUUCUUGUGUUGAUCCCCCUGCAGUAUAACAAACUGGGAUGAAACAGGCUUGCUUGGUCAUGGAACUUAAAUCUCAUGUUGCCACUGCUACAAAUGUAUGUUGAAUACUGAUGCAGACAUUUACAUGAUGAUGAUGUGAAUUAGCAGAAAACGUGUCCAUGAAAGGCUGAUGACACCUGCUUGUUGCUCCAGUCUGCCGCUGCUACACGGAACUUGCACGGAAAAGUGCUUUAGUCAGACUCACCUUUUCUGCUCAGUUAUCUCUGUGGUGUCUUUUAUGUACUCUCUCUGCCUUCCGCUUCAGUGCUGCCAAUUACUCUGAGCAUUACCUGAGUACAAAGACCCCGUUUCCAGGCUUAGACUAACGAGGUGUUUCUCAGGGACCCUCUCCUGCAGUGCAAAUCUCACGGCUUUGCCUUUGUAAAACUGAUGACAAAUGGCUCCGCUAACGCACCACAUCUGAGCCCUUCAAUUCUUUAAUAAUAAUAAUAACAACAAACUUGAUUUAAAUAGUAUCUUUCAUUCAAAGAAAGCAGCUCAAAGUGUGCUACAAUAAGGAGAAUCAAGAAAAUUUGACACAAGAAAAUGGUUGGACAAAAAACAAGUACAAAGAAACGUUAAUAAUUGAAGUUAAAUAAUAAGAAUGAGAAUAAAAGCAGUAAUAGCAAUGAAAAACAAAACUUUAAAAGAAUGGUUUGACAUUUUGGACAUAAGCUUAUCCGCAUAAGCUUAUUUGCUUUCUUGCUGAGAGUUAGGUGAGAAAAUCAGUACCACUCUCAUGUCUGUACG